AUGUAUUGCACUCCGAAAAUUCACAAGGAGGGGAACCCACUCCGACCGAUUGUCGACUAUACAGGAUCUAUCGGUUAUAACAGCUCGAGGCUGUUAGCAGAUGUAUUAGGUCCACUAGUGGGAUUAAGUGAGUACCAUGUGAAAAACUCUAAACAUUUGUCAGACUCGUUGAGUACAGUGAUGAUUGAAGACAACGAAGUGUUUGCCUCACAUGACGUGGUGUCACUUUUCACCAACACCCCCAUCGACAAGGCCCUAUCAGUCAUAAGAGACCGCCUAGAGAAAGACAAGACCCUAAAAAAGAGAACCAAGCUGAGUGUGGAUGACAUCAAGAAUCUAACAGACUUUAUUUUGACGACAACAUACUUUCAGUUCAGAGGUGACAUAUACCAACAAAAGUUUGGCACCGCUAUGGGAAGUCCAGUAUCUCCGAUAGUGGCUAACCUGUAUAUGGAGUUUUUGGAAAGAGAAGCCAUUGCAACUGCUCCGGUGACAUGUAAACCAACCUUGUGGAAACGCUACGUAGAUGACAUAUUAGAGAAGAUUCAGAGAGGACAACUACAGAACCUCACUGACCACCUCAACACUGUAGACGUUACCAAUAACAUCAAGUUCACCCACGAAGAAGAAAGCAACGGGGCAAUUCCAUUCUUGGAUACUCUCAUCACCAGGAAGGAAGAUGGUAGUAUCAAACUGCUAGUAUAUAGAAAGAAAGCCCACACGGACCAAUACCUGAAUUUUUCAUCCCACCACCCAUUACAGCACAAGCUGAGCGUGGUCAGAACUCUAUUAGACAGGUGCUACAACCUCGUCAACGAAACUGAAGAUAGAGAUAAAGAGGAAGAACAUGUAAAACAAGCUUUAGGCCAGUGGCUAUCUGAAGCAGUGAGCCGGGUGUUUAAUAAACAUCGAGUCGCCACGGCCAUGCGCCCACAUCAGACACUACGUAACAUCUUAGUGCACCCCAAGGACAAACAGGAAACAACAGAGAAAGCAGAAGUAAUUUACAAAAUACCUUGUAAAAAUUGUGAUAAAGUCUACGUGGGAGAAUCGGGGCGAAAAUUUGGAAUAAGACUGAAUGAACACAAAAAAGAUUGUGAAACAAACUCAAAUAAGGCAUUUACUAGAUCAACUAGAAAACAAUCAGAAUUGACAAUAGAAAAAAGUGCAAUCACAGAUCACCAGAACAUAAAUAAUCAUGAAAUAGACUGGGAGGGGGCACGCGUAAUAGAGAGAGAAUCAGACUGGAGAGUGCGAAAAACGAAGGAGGCUAUCUGCAUCAAAACUGAGGGGGCAGUUAUGAACCGGGACGAGGGGGCCUUCCUUUCUGGGAUUUACAACCCACUUUUCGCCGGAUUACGGAAAUUCGGCGGGAAGUCCCGAGUGUCAGAGCUGCGAGUGAGCGAUAUUCAGGCCAGUUGCUCUGAUGAUGUCCACAGUGUUGGACGAAAAUUUCAGCUUUAA